ACCUGUGGAUGUCUCAGCAAUCAGCCGCUUCAAAGCCUUCGUUGCAGGGUGUUCGAAUCAAAGCUAGGAAAGGCGCCGUAAAGGCUCACGCAAAACACGAACCAGCGGUCUUCAGAGACCAGCUCUACAGACAUCUCGAAACGGUCCCAGAAGGCGACUUUGAUUCAUUUGCUACUAAACUAGUUCAAGCAGGCUCAACUCUCGAAUUUCUCAAAUAUGCCGAUGCGCUUUUCGAAAUCAUUCUCGUCGGAGGUCUCAUCCAGCCUGGAGGCAACUACGUUGACGAUGGUGCUCCUGUGUCCCCGUUUACCAUCUUCAAUGCUAAGGAACCGGCCGAGGUAGAGGACCUUCGGAAAUACAUCGAAGUCUUGAACAAACUCAUUAGACGAUACAAAUAUCUGCAGAAACCACUGGAAGAAUCUGCGCUUCCUACAAUCUUGCAAUAUAUACACCGGUGGUCAUCAGCUCAGAAAGACAAGCUAUCGAUAGCGAUUGGCCUGUUGUUUUCUCAAGGCUUGGCUAGUGCCUCCUGUUUACAGAGUUUGACGAAGGAUCACUUGCUUAAGAAUGAUGUCUCCAUCGAUGUCAUCACGUUGAUAUUCCGUUCCUUCCUCGUGGACCAAUCCAUGGAACAUCUGUCAGCGACGCUCAAGCGUGGUGGUAUCAAGGAUUUACUCGCUUUCUUCCCUGCCAACAAACGCGAGGGCAAGAAUCUGGAAGAGCACUUCAAGAAGAGCGGGCUUCCCCAGGUCGCGGAAUGGUACGCCAAGAAGCAGUAUGCUGUGGUCAAGGAAGGAAUAGUCAAGGACCUUCAAGAGCUUUGUGAACGCGAAGAGACCCGUGAACAGAUUAUUGCCGCUAUUAAGAGCCGUCAGGAAGCAACGCCAAUUCCUGACACGGAACUCAUUCAAUGCAUUUGGCAGGGUCUCAUGGCUUCCGUUGACUGGAGCGCACGCCCAGAUCAAAUUGAAGGUCUCGCUCUGCGUGAAGUUGGAAAGUUCUCACCUAUUCUAGAGCCAUUCUGUGACGGACCGAAGACGGAAGUUGCUCUCAUAAAUGUUGUACAAGUUUAUUGUUAUGAAGAUACUCGCAUCAUUAAGGCUUUUCCACAAAUUCUCAAGGUUCUGUACAAUAAAGACUGCAUUUCAGACCAAGCUAUCGUAUACUGGUACCAAAAGGGCUCAAAACCCCAGGGUCGCCAGCACUUCCUGAAGAGCACUGAGGCUCUUGUCAAAUUUUUGCAGGAGCAGGAGGACGAGAGUGAGGAGGACGAGUAACUGAUUACAAUGCAAAGGUAACCAUGAAUAGCUGACAAUCGUUGUUUUCAACACGACGAUUAUUGUACACGAAUCACAUGAAGUACAGAUAAAAAACCGUAACAGGAGCGACACUACCACAAACACUGGUUACAAAAAGACAAGGAACCAAAAAAAGGGUAUAUCAGAUGUGUGUUGCCUUACCACGCCUCUGGUCCGGGCGCAAAAUCCGGUGUCCAGCCGUUGGUACCGUGCAUCUGCAGGAAGAUGCCAUCAGAACCGU